GAGCAGUGACGCUCCCUAGGAAGUUGUCCAUUUAUGGCUACUAGAGCAAAUGAUAUCAUCACAAUAGGUGGCUCCUGUCUAAAUAGGGAUCAUUUGUGAAAUGAGAUUAUAGACAUUUAUCUGAAAAAACAGGAGAUAGAGGCACCUGCUUUCUGUAAUUGAUAUCCUGGGGGAUAGCACUGCAUGGAAUUAAGGCGUCCGUCUCCGUGGCUAAUUCCGUUAGGAGCAGAGAGCCUCCCUCUGCUGCUGUGUGCCAGGCGGCCCCCACAUCCACAUGCAGAGCACUCCAGAUCCGUGUUUUCUGUUAUGCCUGAAUAUAUGGGACAUGCAUUGCAACCCUAGGCCACCGUGCUGCAGUGCACUUGUCUGGCAGAGCCCUGUGGCCGGCCAGCCCCGGCUGUGACUGGCCAGGUCCCCGGACACACACUCCGUCGCCUCUGGCCUUCUCCCGUGGCGGUGAUUUCGGACCUUUUCUCCGAGCGCACGUCUCCCCGUUUUCUGAGAAGCCGCCUGCUGUUUGCAUUUGGAUGCGGCCAGCAGAGCAGCGGGAACCCUGCCUCGAAUCCCAGUGCACCCUCUGCGGGGAGCCGGAAGAGGAAGAGGGCGGGGACCUGGUCCAGCCGGGCAUCAGCUUUCCGGGGCCGGCAGAGGAGGAUCUAGACCAGCAGUACUCAUGGUCCCCGACGCAGCACUUCAAUGAGGGAAGGUACUCGCCGGCUCCCAGGAACAUGAAGGGGCUGCCGGGGGGCCGGGCCCCAGCCCCGCUGUGCUCCGCCCACACCUGCGGCCUCGCGGGCCCCGAGGACUGCGAGCGCGCGCACGACCACCUGCACCAUGUGCAGGAGGCCAGGCAGCCCUACCUGCUCAGCCCGGUGGACGGCUGCCCCCUGGACCACCACCGCUGCUCCCCCGGCAGCUCCGUGCACUCGGAGUGCGUGAUGAUGCCUGUGGUGCUGGGCGACCACGUGUCCAGCAGCACCUUCCCCAGGAUGCACUACAGCUCCCACUACGACACGAGAGACGACUGCGCCGUGCCGCACGCCGGCGCCAGGGCCAACCGCAUCCCCGCCAACCUCCUGGACCAGUUCGAGAAGCAGGGACCUCUGCACAGGGACGGGUUCCACACGCUGCAGUACCAGAGGACGUCCGCGGCCGCGGGGCCUCGCGGCGAGAGCCCGGGCAGGAUACGGCACCUCGUGCACUCCGUGCAGAAACUCUUCACCAAGUCGCACUCGCUCGAGGGCCCCUCCAAGGGCCAUGUCAACGGGACCAAGGGCGACGGCCGGGCGGAGGACCACCACCACACCCACCACCCCAAGCACGGCAAGAGGAGUAAAAGCAAGGAGCGGAAGCCCGACGGCAAGCCCCGGUCGGGCGCCAGCAGCUGGUGGAGCUCCGACGACAACCUGGACAGCGACAGCACCUGCCGCACGUCCAGCGUGGUCAACAGGCACCACGUGGACCACGUCUCCCACUGCUACCCCGAGGUGCUCCCGGGCCCCUUCGGGGACCUGUCCCUGAAGACGUCCAAGAGCAACAGCGACGUCAAGUGCUCGGCCUGCGAGGGCCUGACCAUGACACCUGACACCAAGUACAUGAAGCGGAGCUCCUGGUCCACGCUCACCGUGAGCCAGGCCAAGGAGGCCUACCGCAAGAGCUCGCUGAACCUGGACAAGCCUCUGCUCCCCCAGGACACCAAGCCUGCCCUGAGGCCGUGCCACUACCUGCAGGUGCCUCAGGACGAGUGGGGGGGGUGCCCCACGGGCGGCAAGGACGAGGAGAUCCCCUGCCGGAGAAUGAGGAGUGGGAGCUACAUCAAAGCCAUGGGCGACGAGGAGAGUGCGGAGUCCGACUCCAGCCCCAAGACAUCACCCACGGCGGCCAUGCGGCCAGAGCCCCUGCUCAAGCCCAUCGGACCGAGGCCACUGGCAGAUCUCCAAACCCAGAGCUACCUGCAAGCCGCAAGGGACGUGUCUGCUGCCCACAGCCUGGACCCCUCUGCCAAGUACAACUCCCCGAAAUUCCGCUCCCGGAACCAGAGCUACAUGAGAGCCGUCAGCACCCUGAGUCAGGCCAGCUGUGUGAGCCAGAUGAGCGAGGCAGAGAUGAACGGGCAGUUCGAGUCGGUGUGUGAAUCUGUCUUCAGUGAAGUCGAGUCCCAGGCCAUGGACGCCCUGGACCUUCCCGGAUGCUUCCGGACGCGCAGCCACAGUUACCUCCGAGCCAUCCAAGCUGGUUACUCCCAGGACGACGAAUGUAUUCCCGUGAUGACGCCCUCCAACACCACCCCAACUGUCAGGUCCACAGCAGCCAUGUCGUACGCGAAUUACAAGAAGACCCCGCCGCCCGUGCCCCCGCGCACCACGUCCAAGCCCCUGAUCUCGGUGACGGCGCAGAGUAGCACGGAGUCCACCCAGGACGCCUACCAGGACAGCCGCGCCCAGAGGGCGUCCCCGUGGCCCCAGGAUGGCCGCGGCCUCUACAACUCCACGGACAGUCUGGACAGCAACAAGGCCAUGAGCCUCGCCCUGGAGACGGCCGCGGCCCAGCGCCUCGCUGCCGAGGGCCAGAGCGGCUCCACGCGGACCAGCGACAAGGCCGUCCUGGUGUCCAAGGCGGAGGACUUCCUCAAGAGCCGGCGCUCCUCCAUCGGGAUCCAGGAUUCUGAAUUCCCAGAACAUCAGCCAUACCCAAGGUCAGAUGUGGAAACAGCCACAGAUUCGGACACGGAGAGCCGAGGCCUGCGGGAAUACCACUCUGUCGGCAUCCAGGUGGAAGAUGAGAAGAGACAUGGACGUUUUAAGCGCUCGAACAGCGUGACAGCCGCCGUCCAAGCAGACUUGGAGCUGGAGGGCUUCCCGGGACGCGUCACCAUGGAGGACAAGGGCCUGCAGUUUGGUCCCGCCUUCCAGCGGCACUCGGAGCCCAGCACACCCACCCAGUACGGGGCGGUCAGGACUGUCCGGACCCAGGGGGUCUUUAGUUACAGAGAAGACUACAGGGCGCCCGUGGACACUGCCACCCUGCCCCCUCCCGAGCCCUGGCUGGAGCCGUGUGUCGAGACGGCAGACACCGGGAGGAUGUCUCCGUGCCGCAGGGACGGCUCGUGGUUUGUGAAGCUGCUACACACGGAGACCAAGAGGAUGGAAGGCUGGUGUAAGGACAUGGAGAGAGAGGCAGAGGAGAAUGACCUCUCGGAGGAAAUUCUCGGGAAGAUCCGGAGUGCCGUGGGGAGUGCACAGCUUCUGAUGUCCCAGAAAUUCCAGCAGUUCUAUUGGCUGUGCCAACAGAACAUGGACCCCAGCGCCAUGCCGAGACCCACGUCCCAGGACCUGGCGGGCUACUGGGACAUGCUGCAGCUCUCCGUCGAGGACGUCAGCAUGAAGUUCGACGAGCUGCACCAGCUGAAGCUCAAAGACUGGAAGAUAAUAGAGUCUCCGGAGAGAAAGGAAGAAAGAAAGGUCCCCCCUCCAAUACCAAAGAAGCCCCCCAGAGGGAAAUUUCCUGUCACGAGAGAAAAGUCCCUGGACCUGCCGGACAGACAGCGUCAAGAAGCCCGGAGGCGGCUCAUGGCUGCCAAGAGGGCCGCCUCCUUCCGCCAGAAUUCGGCCUCGGAGCGCGCAGACAGCAUAGAGAUCUACAUCCCGGAGGCCCAGACGCGGCUCUAGGGGCACCUUUGCCCUCUUUUCUUUUUAACAAGAUGCGUGUACAGUUUCUCACCCA